AUGGCGGACAACGACGAAAAGCAGACGCCGAAAGAUGACUCAAAUGAAAAAAGUCUAGAAGACUUUAUAACUCAUCAUUACCAACAACAAAAAGAAGAUGGAAAGAUGGACGCAACAGAUGAUAUUGAUGAUGAACGUACUUCAAAUUUUUUUGACAGAGCCAUAUCAGAGAGCAGAAGGAUGAACAAAGAAGUGGACAAAUCACAGGCAAAGCUUGACAAGCUUGCAGCAGAGUUCGGGAUAGAAAGACUUUCUGCCUGGCAGGCUGAACAUGCUGCAGAGGUUCUGACCCCCGCACAGAUGGCCUCUAUUGGCCUUCAACAAACAGACUCUUCCUGACACAGAAAAUGGAACAAAGAGCAAAUAGACUGACACUAAAUUAAGUUAUAAUGUUAUCAAUUGGUUAUGCAGUAGUAGAACUCUAAAUCAAAUUAUAUUUCAAUCUGGUCCUCUCAACAUGUAUAGUUUAUAUUCUUUAUCAAAAUUCAUAAUUUUUCAUUAAAUACCAUUUAUUAUUGUGUUUAUUGCACAAAGAAUAUUGUUGGUGUUUAUAGCAAGUUGGCAAGUUAUUUCAAUGAAAAGAGUAACCUUAGUUAAUACUAGCUGCAGCAUACCACUUGACUAGAGAGAAUUUCUCUUUACAAUGAUAUAUAGCUCCCAUCACUUGAGCAUCAGACUAGUAAGUCCGAGUUCCCAGAUUCAAUUACUCACCACAAUAUAGUACCACUCGACAACAAGACACUUAGCUCUAGAUUUUUGAUUGGUUUUAUAGUCACAAAAUAGUACUACUUGACAACAGAAUACUUCUCUUUAGAUGUUUGGAUAAGUGUCAGUCUAGUAAUUGUAAUCCAGAAGUUGUAGGUUUGUAUUAUAGUGGAGGCAAUGAAAUAGUUAAUGACCUCGAAGCUUUGUUACAAAACGAUAGAUUUGCAAAGUCACCAUAAUUACUAUACAAGCAGCGUAUAGAAACUGCAAUUAGCCUGUAAUUCUGAAACUGAGAUACAAAAUAAUUGUACUGUAUCAAGUGUAAUUUGAUUACAUUCAGGUACUUAUGUCUUAAUUUUUAAGUACAACUCUAAACCAUUGGUUUGGUCAUUUUCAUUAGGUUAAGAUGUAACACUGGUAAAUACUAGCUCCACAAUUGUUUGAAUCAUAGGUCCUGAUUUUGAAUCGCUGCAUGGCACUGCAUUAAGUAAUUACCUUGUAUACAAAGAGAUCUGUAUCUUUCAUGUAUGCACACAAACAAUUUACAUACUUUUAUGUAAUUAAAGAACUAAAUGGGAAAGUAGCCCAGAGUAUCAUUUAGGUAUAUGUAUCAACACUUCAGCGAGGUUGAUGGUAACCAUAGAUCUUUGACAUGUAGCCUAUCAAAAUGAGUGAUUUAAAGUCAUACAUGUAUAUGUGCAGUAAUCUUAAAUCCAUUUUAUCUAAUACAUGUGUUACUGACAGUACAUUGUACAUAAUAAACUCCCAUGUACAUGUAUGGAACAUAACUCCAUAUACUGUAUAGCUAGGAACCAAUAUCAUUUAAAGAAAAAACAAAGUCAUUUUCAUUUUCAUUUUUUUUUUUAUUUUCUUUUCUUUAAGUAAAGGGUUGUUUAUACACAGAAUAAAAUGUUGUAUUGCUUUAUUUAUUCCAAAAUUUUGUAAGACAGUCAUAGGCAAUGUUAAUUCUUGGAUUACUUCCCUUCAAUCAGACAUGCCUUUAAUCAGACAUGUCACUUUCACAUCAAAAUAAUGCAAGGGCCAUUUUCUUGAUGUUAUGAAUAAUGCAACAUACGUACAAUGUACCAGUGACAACAGGAAAGUGUUCAUUAACAUCACUGACUGAUUGAGAAUUUAUCUUGUGUAAAUGAAUUAUUUUAAUUCAUUACAUGAAUUUAUUACAUAAAUUAAACUCUUUGAACAA